AUGAGAUCCCUGAAACACCUCAAACAUCACUCCAGGAGCAAUGUGGAGGAAGAAAGUAGCUGUUUGGUGCGAACUUUUCCAAAGAUGACUGAGGCCCACGUGGAUGUGGGCACACAAACAGAGCCUGUGGUGGUGUUAUCACUUGCUCAAGCUGCUGUUCUUGGACUCAUCUCCCAGAAUGAAAUAUUUGGGGCUACCAUUGCCCCAAAUGGCUUUUACACAGGGGAGCCAAAAGAGUGUCCUCCUCCUCCUCCUCCUGAGUCAGUGGAGUAUGAGUAUGCUGACCAGCUGAUAGGUGCUAACGGGGACUACCUGCCAGAGCCUGCUGGUGAGCAGGAGCCCCAGCCGCACUGCAGCGAGAGAAGACGCCCUGGUCCCCGUGGGAGGACCAAGAGGCCGAGAAGCAAUGGGGAGAUAGAAUCUCCUCAGCACAAAGACGUUGCUCCACAGGCUCAGGUUAAAGGGGAAAGACUUGAUUUUGACACACCUCCUUCCUGCAUUCACAUGAAUAACAGACACACGUCCAGCAAAUUAGAGGAUUCAACCACCCAUCAUGCCUCCUUGAAAAAGGAACAGACCUGUGGAAACUGUUCGUCAUGUAUGAGAGUUACGCCCAUCCCACAGUCAGACGAACAGACAGACCUGGAGCAUGAAGACACUUCUGUUAGGGAGAAAGAGAGGAAGGAAGAAGAGUUAGUGGUAGCGGAAGAAGAGGAAGAGGCACUGAAUCUAAAGACAACUGGAGAGAAUAGCAGUUCUCUGGAGAAUCGUUAUUAUGAUUCCAAUGAGGUGGCCUAUGAGUCUGCUGACAUGCCGAUGCAAGGAGAAUAUGAGGAGAAUGGCCAAGCACAGGCCAUGCUGUGGUCAGACCCAGAGGGGCUCGCCAGACGAAUGCAGAUUGACAGACUGGACAUAAAUGUACAGAUUGAUGAGUCUUACUGUGUUGAUGUAGGAGAAGGUCUGAAACGCUGGAAAUGUCGUAUGUGUGAGAAGUCCUACACGUCUAAAUAUAAUCUUGUCACUCAUAUCCUGGGUCACAAUGGAAUUAAGCCUCAUGAGUGUCUGCACUGCGGGAAGCUUUUCAAACAACCGAGCCACCUUCAGACUCACCUGCUCACUCAUCAGGGGACCCGACCCCACAAAUGCACAGUGUGUGAAAAAGCAUUCACACAGACUAGUCACCUGAAGAGGCACAUGCUGCAGCACACAGAUGUUAAGCCUUACAGCUGCCGCUUCUGCGGCCGUGGCUUUGCCUACCCCAGUGAGCUGAGAACCCAUGAGAACAAACACGAAAACGGUCAGUGCCAUGUCUGUACCCAAUGUGGGCUUGAAUUUCCAACCUACGCCCACCUGAAACGUCACUUAACCAGCCAUCAGGGUCCGACUACGUACCAGUGUACAGAAUGCAACAAAUCUUUUGCAUAUCGGAGCCAGCUGCAGAACCACUUGAUGAAGCAUCAGAACGUUCGACCCUAUGUUUGUCCAGAAUGUGGGAUGGAGUUUGUGCAGAUCCACCACCUUCGACAGCAUGCCCUCACCCACAAGGGCAUGAAAGAAUUCAAGUGUGACGUGUGUGCCAGAGAGUUCACUCUGUCAGCCAACCUGAAGAGACACAUGCUCAUCCAUGCCAGUGUGAGACCCUUCCAGUGCCACAUCUGUUUUAAGACCUUUGUCCAGAAGCAAACCCUCAAAACACACAUGAUUGUCCACCUCCCUGUCAAACCCUUCAAAUGCAAGGUCUGUGGGAAGUCAUUCAACAGAAUGUACAAUCUGCUUGGCCACAUGCACCUCCACGCUGGCAGCAAGCCCUUCAAGUGCCCUUACUGCACCAGCAAGUUCAACCUGAAGGGCAACCUGAGUCGACACAUGAAAGUUAAGCACGGCAUUAUGGACACCACAAUAGAUGGACAUGAACCCCCCCAGGAGACGGAAGGCCAAGAGGAGUAUGAAGACGAGAGCUUUGAAUUCAGUGAGCGAGAAAACCGCGCCAACAACAACAACACACCCGAUGUGGCCAAACUAUCUCAAAUGGAGUACUACAACAACUAUGGAAAGAGUGCAGGGCGCUUUAGUGCAUCAGGGACAGUACCAAGUACCCCAAACUGAACAUGUGCGUUACUGAACAUGUGCGUGAACUCAUUUAACUUAGGUUUGUUUAUUUUGUUUAAUUGCUAUUAAAGACAAAAUGGUUAAGUUCCUCCCUAAAGGGAUAGCUUGUGUUUUUUAAUUGAGGUUCUUUGAAAUUAUCAGCAAUAGUUUCAUUACCUGUAAUUCAAAUGUAUCAUUGAGUUUGUAGAAGAAUAAGGAAACUAUCAAAGCAAUUGACAACUAAUAGCUGGCAACAUACUUGCUGAUUGAAUAUUUCAGAUGAUUCUUAGCAACUUUAAACCUAAAAUUCGUCCACUGAGGUACAGAUGUAUAUAUGUAAAACAUCUACACUUUUACAAGACUGUUGUUAAAGCCAGUAACUUAAAUGUUCCUGUGCACAGGAUCCAGGCAGCUUUUCGAUGCCCAUGAGGCAGAUCAGGUGGAUGACACAGAAUCAAAGUAACUGAGUGUAGUAGAACACAAGUUGCUCAACUGAGAAAACAAAGACAAACUUAACAACAACCACCUUGAGAAAGUUUAGAAAGUUGAUAUCUGCUAAUAUAGUGCUCUAUCCCCUUGGAUGAAAUUAUCUUCAGUUAAAGUUGUAUUAAAGUGCUGCAAUUACCAGUAGCUAAAAAUAGUUAAGUCUCCAAUCCCACUGAGGUUUUCUUUACUUUACUACAAAGUCAUUACAAUAUAUACUGCUCAAAAAAAUAAAGGGAACACUUUAAGUGUUAAACACCUGUUUAAGUGUUCCCUUUAUUUUUUUGAGCAGUGUAGAUGAGACCUAUGUGCUACAGGUAGGGAAACCAUUGCAGAUAAUGUGAACAAACCUAACUUUAAAAAAUCCCAACAAUCCUUUUGGGAAUAUGAGGAAGCCCAGCAAACUGCACAUCAAUAUGCACUGGAAUCACUCAAAAUCUGCAAAAUGUGAAAAACUGAUUAUUAAAGGUUAUACGAAAAAAGCAGCAUAGAAGUAUUUAAGUGAAAAAUGCUACAAGAUCAUAACCUGAGCCCUAAAAUAAAGCACAUUUUUAGCAAGAGGAAAUGCAUGUUACAUUGCACUUAGACAAUCCCAGAGUCUCUCCAGGUGCUGGGGUUUCACCAGUGUGAGCUGUGAAUGAAGGGAACAGGUGCUCUUUCACCUACCAAAGCUUAUCAAAAGGUUAAUGAUUCUCUUUGAUUUAUACUGUGAUUUAAAAAAAAGGAAAAACUGUAAGAAAAAAAAUGUUCUGUGCUUUACUGCAUUUUAUUGUACAGCGUAUCAGUCCUGCUGUAUGUUGACUGGUGCAUCAAACUAGAGGACCACUGUCUACUUUUUACAUUAACAACCAUCCUCGUGUAUUGAUCUCUAGUCUAUGAAUGUAACUGUUUCUGUGGAAUGUUAUAAAGCAAAUUCAAAUGUUCUUUUUAAUGCUUGCACCCCUUUACCAAAGAAUUUGACAAAUCUUGCAGCUAUGGGUGAGUUAUUUUUUUUAACCUAGCUGUUGUGUUGAACUGGGACAUUGAAUUCCCCAGACUUCAUGAAAUUACAUCCAGGUUUAUCCUCCUACCCUUCUAUAGAUCGCUUCAAAAGAUUACAACGGAGAUCAGGCUGUAGUGCAGCUUUCAACAAAUCUUACCUUUCCCCCACCCUUACUUCUAAGUUUCUGAAGGAAGCACUGCAAAGUGUAUUUAAAAAACAAUGCAACCCACAUCCAUACUUUAACUUUUCUCCUUUUAAAUUGGUGAAUCUCAAACUGAAUUGUCCCCAAAAAAAAAGAAAAAACUUGGACAGAAAUAUUAAGUGCCCCAGUGUGUCUGCGAGAGCACACCAUCCAUCUUGCUGCGUACUGCUCUCAAGUGAUGAACGACAGCCUCCAUACGUGCGACAGGGCCGUGGACCUUGCGGAAAAUGAUGCGGAAAUGCUCAAUAUAUUCAGUUUUCCACUGCUCAGCUUUUUCACACUUUUCAAAAUGUUGAUAUAAUGCAUAAAAAAAUAAAAAUUCCUCAUUUUUGGGAGUUUUUUUAGCUUCGAUGUUCACUGCGUCAAUAUUUUAGCAAGAAUAUGAAAAUGGGAAGAAGCUCAUCCUGAAAGGCUUUCUGUAUUAAACUCUAGUGUGAAGAUGAUAUGAAUAGAGUUGUAUGAACAAUGUUGUGUACCAGGCAGAAUUGUCAAAUAAUAAAUUUAUUUACCAUA